GCCAAGUCUUGGAUCCCGGAAGUAAUUCCGAGUCUGGUGACGCUGCAUUAGACGACAGAACAUGGCCCAGCCUCGUUUGUUUAGCUUGGUCCUCCUCACCGUGGCUCUCGGAGCCCAGGCUCUGACCCCAUCCCAUCACCUCUCCCUGUCAGACGUGGAGAGACUUCAAGGCGUCCUGAGCCAGCCUUUCACAGAUCUGGCGUCUGCAUACUAUUCAAUUGUUGGUCUCAGCAAACUUGGGGCUGCAGUUGCUGAUGAAAAUGAUGCCUGUCAGUUCUUGAAGGCUCACCUGGACCCCAUGAGUGUUGAUUCCCUCUUCUUCGCCGCCGAGGCCAGUCAGGCCCUCUCGGACUGCGAGAUCCCUGUGUCCAACGAGACACGUGACAUCCUUCUGGCAGCUGUCAGUGAGGAUUCUACAGUCACACAGAUCUUCAGAGCUGUCAGCGCCCUCAGUUCCCUGGGGCUUCCUCUGGCUUCACAGGAAGUUGUCAGUGCUCUGGUCGCCCGUAUUGCCAAGGAGGACAACGUCUUGGCCAUCACCACGGCUCUUCAAACUGCCACCCGUCUCUCCCAGCAGGCGGAGCUCGGAGGAAUCCUGGAGGAGAUUGAGGAUCUUGCAGCGCGACUGGAUGACUUGGGCGGGGUCUACCUUCAGUUCGAGGAGGGGCUCGAGGCCACCGCCCUUUUUGUGACCGCAGCCUACGCACUGUCAGACCACGUGGAAACCGAGCCUCCCCUGAAAGAGGACCAGGUGAUCCAGCUGGUCAACUCGGUGUUCAGUAAGAAGUCCUGGGACUCCCUGUCGGAGGCCUUCAGUGUGGCAUGUGCCGCUGCUGCCCUCUCCGAAAACCGCUUCCACGUCCCAGUGGUCGUCAGCACCCAGGGACCUGCCACUGUGUCCCACAGCCAGCCAGUCCUGCAGCUCCUGGUGACUAACGUCCUCUCCAAUCCUAUGGCCUCAGCCAGUGUGCUGUUGGAAUCUGCUCAGUCUGUGGCCUCCAAGAGUGUGGUUCUCAGUCAGACACCGUUCACCCUCAGAGAUGGUGUUUUUCAACUGAACUUCAUGGCCAGCCAGCCCGCCAGUGGAUAUUACCAGUUCUCUGUGGCUGUCAGCGGGGACAGCCGAUUGGUUGCCAACCAGGUUGAGCUGAAGGUGAAGGUGUCCACGGAGGUGGCCAUCACUAACAUGGACCUGUCAGUGGUGGAUAAGGACCAGAGCAUCGGCACCAAGACGUCCAGGGUGGAUUAUCCCUUCAAGGCCAAAGGCUCCUUCACUGCAGACAGCCACCAGAACUUUGUCAUGACUUUCCAGUUGGUGGAUGUCAACACUGGAGUAGAGCUUACACCUCAUCAGACCUUUGUGAGGUUGCACAAUCAGAAGACUGGCCAGGAGGUUGUGUUUGUGGCCGAGCCCGACAGCAAGAACCUGUACAAGUUUGAGCUGGACACUGCGGAGAGGAAGUCAGAGUUUGACUCCAUGUCUGGGACCUACGCCCUCCACCUGAUCGUGGGAGAUGCCACACUGGAGAACCCCAUUCUGUGGAACGUGGCUGACGUUGUCCUGAAAUUCCUUGACGAGGAGGCCCCAACCACCAUCCAGGCUAAGACCCUUUAUAUGCCUAAACCAGAAAUCCAGCACUUGUUCCGGGAACCGGAGAAGAAGCCCCCGACAGUGGUGUCCAACACCUUCACAGCCCUUGUCCUCUCCCCCUUACUACUUCUGCUUAUUCUGUGGGUCAAACUGGGGGCCAACAUCUCCAACUUCAGCCUCACCCCCAGCUCUGUGCUGUUCCACGUGGGCCAUGCAUGCAUGCUGGGGCUGAUGUACGUCUAUUGGAGCCACCUCAACAUGUUCCAGACCCUCCAGUACCUGGCCAUCAUCGGCAGUCUCACCUUCCUGGCCGGAAACCGCAUGCUGGCCCAGAAAGCAGUCAAGAGGAUUGCUGCAGAGCAAAGUAGUAGAUUGGCAAAGUAUAGGAGCUUGCGGUAAAGGCCUGUUGGCUAAUAACGAACGGCCACACUUCCUGGCUAAAGAUUGCAAGUAAGUGACGACAGAAGAUUGAAGAAGACUACACAAACAUUGUUUUUAGUUUUGAAGGAUUCAUUUCAGGACACAGCAACCAUCCGAAUGUCGUGUUAUUCCAUGAAUCCAGUUUGAAAUGCAGUUUGACCUUUUUACACUUGAAAAUAAAAAAUCUAAGGUGUCGGUAGAGUGACCGGACAGAUGUUUACUGACACUGUUACUCCUACUGAGGGCUGUGAAGCUAAACAUCCUUGCACUUCACUUAUCUGGAACUUUGGCGAAUGUUUAUUUUUAACAAUGGGCUUUGGGAUAUAAUUUGUGGUUUCAUAAUGAAAUGUGUUUGUUUUUUUUGUACAUUCCUGUUUCUUAGUGCCCAUCUUACCACUUCGUUAAAACGUGUCACCAAGUUAGCCAGUGAUUUUUCUAAGGCCUGUUGAUUGAAGGUAUUUGACGGUAGCUUCAGUUCCAUGUUCAUCUUGAGACGGUACUAUUACCGAAUUCUGUCUACAUAUGGAGGGUGUGAACAAAUAUUCCCUUUCAAAACAUGAUCCAGACCCCUCUAGAACAAGUGAUGAUGGGCAAUCCUAGUCAAUCUGAUGUUUUUGUAAUGAAAUAAAGAAAGAAAUGGGGAUUCA